CUUCUAAAGAAUGACAUCUACAUUGUCCUUUUUUUCCUUCACUUCAUGAUUAAAUCAGUGUCUUUAAAAGACUUCCCUACAGCUUCACUCUCUAUACCACACAAAAUCUUUUAGACUUUGAGUUUCUUCCUACUCACUCACUGACUGCUCAUCACUAGCUCCCUCUCUAUAGCCACAUUUAUUUUUCUUUCUUCUCCUAUCAUAUUCCUUAUCUGGUUACCCUCAUUUUCUUCACAAUGUCCACCUCUCAAACCUUAGAUAAACCCUUGUAUGAACAAGUUAAGAUUCAUGGUGGGUAUGCUUUUAUUCAAAGAAACACAUCCCCUCCUCAAACUGGGGAAAGAAGAGGCAGAAGAAAACAGACAGAACCAGGGAGGUUUCUUGGGGUGAGGAGGAGACCUUGGGGUAGAUAUGCUGCUGAAAUUAGAGACCCAACAACUAAAGAAAGGCAUUGGCUCGGUACAUUUGAUACUGCUCAAGAAGCAGCUCUUGCUUAUGAUAGGGCUGCACUUUCUAUGAAAGGCACCCAAGCAAGAACCAACUUUAUAUACACUGAUCAUGGUACUUUUCAUUCUCUUCUUACUCCAUUUGAUGAUGUCCAACUUCAACCCUUCUUCCAACCUUCAGAGUUUUUCACAGGCAUACCUCAGUGUAAUAAACAACAACUACCCACCAACCAGAACAAUACUCCACCCAAGCAUGAGACUUGUCAGAAUGAGUCUCCCAACCAAUCAAGUGGUGAAACAACUGAAUCAGUAUAUGAUAAUAGUUUCUUCUUUUCCCGGGAUGAUUCUAAUAACUCAGGCUACUUGGGCUGCAUUGUCCCUGAUAAUUGCCUAAGACCACCUUCCAAUCCCACAAGUACAAACUCCAAAACCAGCAAGUCCAAAGCUCCAAGUGAUCAUCAUCAAAACUUUUCUUCCACGAUCACCACAACUUCCAUUGAACACCAAUCAGCACAAUGUAAUAGCAAUGCAUUUCCUCCAGAUACUGCUACAAGAAGCUAUCCAUGGUUUGAUGAACUCAACAGUGGAUUCUGGGGAGAUGAUGAGAAGCCAUGGGAGUUCAACUCUGAUGAGCUCUCUGCUAUGAUCAAUAAUGACCCAUUAACGGCGGGAGAUGUGUGCAUGGAAACUUUUUUUCCCAGCGCCAAUAAUAUUCCUUGUUAUGAGUCAGUGCCUCAAGCUACUUCUUCAGUAUCUUCUUUCACUCCAUCAUAUCCUCCAUAUGGUGAUAUAGUUGAGUUUGGCUAUUCAUCACUCUUCUAAGUAAGGGUUGUUAAUUACUGGGUUAACGUUAAUUAUCUAUCUGCAGGAAUAUCUCUAUUAAUAAUAUUUUGAUUAAUUACAUGCACUUUGUUUUACUGUAAUUAUAAAGAAAGCUUUCCGUAUGUGAGCAAGAAAGAGAUGUAAGGAAUGUGUAUCCCAUUCCUAUGAGUUUCAAAGAACUUGAUUGGUUAAUUUGAAAAGCUCCUUAGCUUGUUUCAAGGCAGAAAGUGCUUAUUAUUAGAUGCGCAAAGCAAAACAUUGACUGCUGUGUAUCUCUUUUCGGCUA